AUGAUCGGUGGACUACAGGCAAGUGUGGAUGCAGAGCCUGUGAAGAUUAUCAAUGAUAUCUGGAACGAUUUCUGGAAGACGCAACUGAAUUCAGUCCUUCUCAGCUGCUCCGAUGGCUCCGAGACCUCUCCAAUCCCUGACAACGACAAAUCCCUUUCAUCCCGUGAACAAUCAGUGUCCCCUGAUGAGGAAACCCUCAUGGAGGAAGAUACGAUUUCAUUGGAUGAUGAUAACGAUACUGGAGAGACUGCUGCAAAGAGACGGAGGACACGAACUAACUUUUCGGGAUGGCAGUUGGAAGAACUGGAAUCUGCAUUUGAGGCGUCUCACUAUCCAGAUGUGUUCAUGAGAGAAGCGUUGGCGAUGAGAUUGGAUUUGUUGGAGAGUCGAGUUCAGGUCUGGUUCCAAAACCGUCGUGCUAAAUGGAGGAAGCGUGAGCAGAAUCGACAUGGUGGAAGUGAGCCGAAAAAAGAUGCUGAUGGGAUUAUGAUGGAGCCAAAGCCCCUUCCCACGUUCCCCUUCUCCAUCGAUAGUAUUCUGGCAGUCAGUCGAGUUCCACGUGGGAGACGACCAAACGCAAAGUAUCCCAGAGUUCAGGCCUGCAAAAACUUGUCUCCUUUCAUGAUCCCACUAUUCCCGAUCACUCAACCCGGUGGAAAUGUGAUCCGUGAGAAAUCUCCACCACCGUCUCUUCCAGUUUGUGUUACGCCUACCAUUUCUACUGUAGCUGAACUGCUGAAAAGUGUAUAA